UUUCCUGUCUCUGGUGUCCUGACAGAAACAGAAUCUUGUUCAAGUUUUCUCAAUUUUGGGUCCGUUUUUGGGGACGUUUCUACAAUAUUUCAGCUUCAAGGAACGCAUGUAGCAUUCUUCUUAUUUUAUGUUGAAUGAUCAAUUACUGAGGCUGCUUUGAUGAAGUUUGACCUACUUUUUGUUGAUAUGUGAAAGAAAACGUAUUUUAGGAAAACAUUUUUCAUUUGGAUUGUUUAGAAAUAUCAUCAUGGAUGACAUUUUUUCUCAAGUCAGGGAAGGCAACGCUUUCCAAGUGAGAAUAUGGCUGGAUAAUACGGAAAAUGAUCUCAAUCAGGGUGAUGACCACAGAUUUAGCUUAUUACACUGGGCAAGCCGUGAAGGACGUACUAAUAUUGUGGACAUGCUUAUCCAGCGAGGGGCUCGAAUCAAUGCUACCAACAUGGGAGACGACACAGCACUGCACCUGGCAGCUAGUCAUGGCCACAGAGAGAUAGUUGUUAUGCUCAUCCAUAACAAGGCUAACAUCAAUGCUAUAAAUGAACAUGGGAACACUCCACUGCAUUAUGCCUGCUUCUGGGGCCAUGAUUAUGUUGCUGAGGACUUAGUGAACAAUGGAGCCCUAGUUGGGAUGGCCAAUAAAUUUGACGAGACCCCUCUGGAUAAAGCCAAAAAGAGGCUGGCAAAUAUUCUCAAAGAUAGAGCUGUUCAACUUGGACAAGAUUUGCAGAAAAUCCCAUUCAAAGACAGGAGUUGGUUAGGAUACAAGACAAGGAGCAGAGACGCACUUUUAUCAAGACACACAGGAAUAGAUAUUGAACAACUAAGUCUGACUACGCACAUGGCCAACACUCACUCAGGGGAGGUUUGGAGAGGACAGUGGCAGAAAAAUGAUAUUGUGGCCAAAAUUCUGUCCCUUAGAGAAUGUACUGUAAGAAACUCCAGAGAUUUUCAGGAGGAAUUUCCCAGACUCAGAAUUUUCAACCAUCCUAACAUAUUACCAGUAUUGGCGUGCUGUAACCAGCCCCCGAACCUUGUGGUCAUAAGUCAAUUCAUGCCUUAUGGAUCUCUUUUCAAUGUUUUACAUGGAGAAACUGGUAUAGUAGUAGAUCAGAACCAGGCCCUGAGAUUUGCCAUUGAUAUAGCCCGUGGGAUGGAGUUCCUACACACCAUAGAACCCUCUAUCCCAAACCUGAUACUCACCAGCAAACACGUCAUGAUUGAUGAGGACUUGGCUAAGAUAAAUAUUGAUGACCCUAAGUAUUAUACGCCAGAUGCCACCAUUAAUGGAGGGAUUGAUGAGGAUCUAACAGCCAGGGUCAACAUGGGGGACUACAGAUUCUCCUUCCAUGAGCGAGGCAAACUCUACUCCCCUGCUUGGAUGUCCCCAGAAGCUUUACAGAGGCGACCAGAGGACAUCAAUGUAAAGGCUGCAGACAUGUGGAGCUUUGCUGUAUUGCUGUGGGAACUGGAGACUAGAGUGGUACCACACGCUGAGCUGUCACCCAUGGAAGCUGGAAUGAGAAUUGCUAUGGAGGGAUUAAGGUUGACACUACCACCUGGAAUGUCUUCUCACAUGUCACGACUUGUUAAGAUCUGCAGCAAUGAAGAGCCCGGAAAACGACCCAAGUUUGAUAUGAUUAUUCCCAUUCUGGAGAAAUUAAAGCAGAAGUAGGGGAGACAGUUCAAACAAGGAACAGUGGAAAGCUGUAAAAAACAUUGAACCAAAUAUUCAACCCAUCUUGGUUCUAACUACACAGAGUGCCAAGUUUAAUUACAUAUUCAUGAAUAGUAUAUUAAGUGUGUAUACUUAAGAAAACAUUAACUUUUAAAUUA